AUGCGAGAAGGUGCCCACCAUUGGUUUCUAGCCCAUAUCAAUAUGCAAAAUGUGACUGUCAAUUUGAUGGACUCUUUGGCAAGUGAAAUGCACAAGACCUCUCAACGCCGGGUUUGCACUGAAAUGCUUAAGACUCUGGACCAAUUAUUUGCUCUGUUGAAACCUAAAAAUUUGAAAUUUGAGAAUUUUAUUAUUACCAUGGUCAAAGAGAACUUUCCCCAAGAACAUAACGGGUUUGACUGCGGGGUGUACUCGAUGAAGUACAUGGAGUUUAUCUUUUUGGGAAAGGACCAUGUGGAUGAGUUUGACCAAGAGGAUGCACAAUUAGAGUUAGCUACUAGGAUAACUAGUAAUGCAAGUAAUGAGUAUUAG